CAUAAAUACUCUCCCCCAAAACGUGAUUCUCAUUUUUACUGUGUGGGACCUGUUUCCACGAAAAAUAAAGAAAGAAAUCAAAGUCAAUGCUGUUCUUCGCUUGUUCUUUCCUUUAUUUUCCCCAAGCAAGCACGUCCGUCUUUUGUUUCUGUUUUGGUGACGUAUUCUCCGGCCCUUUGAAAAUUCCAAAUUUCGGCAGGAUGAAAUUUCUAGGUUGCCAGUUUUCCAUUCUCACGGUUUUGUUCUGUUAGAUUUUUCACAAGUUCUUUUCAGACAGAGAACUGGGUCGCUCACUGAUCAUGAAGUUCUGGUUAGGUGCUUUUAGUUUGUGGGGCCCCCUUUAUUUCUUGGGAGAGAUUCUUCAUUCAUCUCAUCUCAUCUCAGUGCUUAUCAAAUUGUACUUUUAACCCCUAUUAUCCAGAUUUUGAAGCAUGUGUGUUCUUAAUUAGAGAAAAGUUUGAGUCUUUAUCGGGAAGAAUUGGGGUGACGGUUUUCUCUUGUUUUAAACAUGAAACACUUUGUGUUUCUGCCUGUGAUGGUUUUCAUAUGGAUAUUCCUUACUGUUUCUGUGGACUCCCAAAGUCCUGCUGUUGUGAACAUCGGUGCAAUUUUUACUUACAAUUCGGUUAUUGGUAGAGCCGCCAAGAUAGCGAUGGAAGCAGCAGUGUCUGAUGUCAAUAAGAAUCCGAAAAUUCUCAACGGUGCAGAGCUGAAGUUGCUCACGGUUGAUGCAAAUUGCAGUGUCUUCUUGGGGGCCAUUGGGGCUUUUCAGGUACUUGAGAAAGGGGUAGUAGCCAUAAUUGGUCCACAGUCCUCUGCUAUAGCUCAUAUGAUCUCUGAGAUUGCUAAUGGUCUCCAAGUUCCCCUUAUUUCGUAUGCUGCCACUGAUCCAACGCUCUCUGCCCUCCAAUUUCCCUUCUUUUUUCGAACUACACAAAGCGAUUUGUACCAAAUGGCUGCUAUGGCCAACUUAAUUGACUUUUAUGGAUGGAAAGAGGUCAUUGCCAUCUUUGUGGAUGAUGAUUAUGGGAGAAAUGGGAUAUCUGCUUUAGGUGGUGAACUCGACAAGAGAGCAUUGAAGAUUGCUCAAAAGUUUCCUUUGCCUAUCCAUUUUGAUCUGAACAACAUCACUGAUACCCUCAAUAAAUCUAAAUUGAUGGGUUCUCGUGUUUAUGUCGUUCAUCUCAAUCCUGACCCCAAAAUGAGAUUCUUCACUAUAGCUCAAAAACUACAGAUGAUGACCAGCAACUACGUGUGGCUUGCAACGGAUUGGCUUUCUACUACCUUAGAUUCAUCCUCUUCACUGAGUAAAACUUCACUCCAUAUCCUCCAAGGGGUAGUUGGGCUUCGUCAACAUACUCCAGAGUCUAGCCAGAAGAGGGAUUUUUUGUCUCGAUGGAGAAAAAUGGUAGAUGAGGAGGGUUCAGCAAGUUCUGAGCUGAAUACGUAUGGACUCAGUGCUUAUGACACGGUAUUGACAGUUGCACAUUCAAUCGAUAAGUUUAUAAAAGAACACAGAAAUAUCACAUUCUCUUUUGACGAUGGGUUACUCAAAAUGAACUCAACUAAAGUUCAGCUGAGCAAGCUCAGAGUCUUUGAUGGUGGAUCUCUUCUCCGUGGGAAAUUAUUAAAGACAAACUUCACUGGUUUAACUGGUCAAGUCCAAUUUAAUGAAGAUCAAAGCAUGGUGAGUGGUAGUUAUGAUGUCAUUAAUAUUGACGACCAGAUCGCAGUGGUCGGUUAUUGGUCCAACUCCUCAGGCUUUUCAAUUUUAGCCCCAGAAAAUCUGAAAAGUGAAGAAAAUAAUAAUUCCCACCUAGAUCAGAAGCUAAAAAAUGUUACUUGGCCUGGUGGUAGUAAAGAAAGGCCACGCGGGUGGGUGAUUGCAGAUGAUGAGAGACCAUUGAGAAUUGGAGUGCCAUACAGAGCUAGUUUUGUUGACUUUGCUACUAAGCUGAAUAACAGCCAUAAAAUGCGAGGAUACUGCAUUGAUGUGUUCCUUGAAGCACGGAAAUUAGUUCCAUAUUAUGUUCCUUACAUAUUUGAGCCAUUUGGGGAUGGCCACUCCAAUCCCAGUUACAACGAUCUUGUACAGAAGGUCGAAGAUGAGGUGUUCGAUGCUGCCGUUGGGGACAUUGCAAUUGUGACAAACAGGACAAAGAUUGUGGACUUUUCACAGCCAUAUGCUACUACUGGUCUUGUCAUAGUGGCUCCAGUCCGCAAUUCGAAAUCAAGUGCUUGGGUGUUUCUCAAACCAUUUACAGUAGAAAUGUGGUGUGUUACCGCAGCAUCGUUUAUAAUGAUUGCAGUAGUUAUUUGGAUUCUUGAGCAUCGAGUCAACGAUGAUUUCAGGGGUCCCCCUAAGAGGCAGCUUGUUACAAUGUUUCUGUUCAGCUUCUCGACAUUGUUCAAGACAAAUCAGGAAAAAACAGUGAGUCCACUUGGACGGAUGGUGAUGGUGGUUUGGCUAUUCUUAUUGAUGGUGGUCACAGCAAGCUAUACAGCAAGCUUAACUUCGAUUCUUACAGUUCAGCAGCUUUCAUCACCCAUCACAGGAAUUGAAAGCUUGGUUGCAAGUAACUGGCCCAUUGGGUACCAAGUAGGUUCGUUUUCUUAUAGCUAUCUGGCUGACACUCAAAACAUAGCUAGGUCAAGACUCAUUCCUCUGGGAUCCCCAGAAGAAUUUGCGAGAGCACUUCAACAAGGACCAACUAAUGGAGGGGUGGCAGCUAUUAUAGAUGAACUUACAUAUGUGGAGUUAUUUCUGUCGAAGCAUUCUGAAUUUGGGAUUAUUGGGCAACCAUUUACCAAGAGUGGAUGGGGAUUUGCUUUCAAGAGAAAUUCCCCACUCGCUAUUGACAUUUCUACUGCAAUCUUGAAACUUUCCGAGAAUGGAGAGCUUCAGAGGAUCCGUGAGAGGUGGUUCUGUAAGAAGGGUUGUCCAGGAGAGGGGAACCGGCAUGCUGAACCUAACCAACUCCACUUGAUCAGCUUUUGGGGUCUUUAUUUAUUAUGUGGUAUCUUCACUAUAGGUGCCCUUCUGGCAUUUCUUCUAAGAAUGAUUUGCCAAUUUGCGCGUUACAAGCAACAGCAGAGGGAGUCUUCUCAUCCAUCCUCAGUGUCAUCAAACGCCCACUGUUCUCAUGUCAUUUCCAGUUUUCUUAACUUCAUUGAUGAGAGGGAAGAAGCUAUCAAGAAAAUGUUUCAGCAUGACAAUCGUCAAGAGCAGAUUAGGUAAUCGUCAAGAGGACUUCAGGGGCUACACCAGUUUACUUGGAGCAGGUUUUUGAGUUGAUUCACUUGCUACAUUACAGCCAGCAUGUACAUAUCUCGUUCCCUUGUAUAGCAAUAAAAACAUGAUGAUAAUUUUCUAAAUGCCUAAAAUGGCACAUGAUCAGUGUCUUAAUUCAAA